UAUUUUUUUUUUUAUUUAGUUUUAGUUUAAUUUAUCUUUUUAAUUAUUCUCGUCAGUUGUGAUAAACAAUGUAAAUUGCGUUCACGCAAUGGAAAAUGACGUGAUCAGAAAUUUGAUUAAACUGCAUUCUUGAUCACUGAGGUAGAAAGCAUUAAUUAUGCAUGCGAAAGGUUAACCUAUAAAAUGGUCGACAGUUACCUGCGGUGACGCGGUUGUACGCAAGAAUAUUUGGUCCAUGCAAAAUUAACGAGCAUUUCUUGCCAAAUCGAUAACAAUUCAUUUGUCUUUGUCAGGUGAAAAUCGACGAUAGAUGGAUAUCUAGGAACGUAUCUAUGCUGCAUUCACGUCAAGGAACAUAACCAUGUCGGGCCCGGAUAAAAAAUCUAACGAACCGUAUCGCCAAUUAGAGGAAUCACAUGGCGCCGAGCUAAAUGUUGGUGCUCAAAGUACAUCGACCUCCCAUAGCCUGGAGAAUGGUAUCGAACGAUCGAUGGAACUCUCUUCUGUUGUGGUUAUACCCGAUGACACUUUUACUGUGGUACAAGCCAUCAAUGCCUUAGGCUUUGGAAAGUUUCAAGUAAAAUUAUCUCUAUUCACGGGUCUUUGUUGGAUGGUAGAUAGUAUGGAAAUCACAAUACUGAGUAUUCUAAGUCCAUCUUUACAUUGUGACUGGGGUAUUUCUAGAUACCAGCAAGCACUGACCACAACGGUAGUUUUUCUCGGUAUGAUGUUAAGUUCUACUUUUUGGAAUAAUUUAAGCGACAGAUACGGUCGUAAACAGGCUUUAACUUUGUGCGCGGUGCUAUUGGCCUAUUAUGCAUUUCUCAGUUCAUUUGCACCAAACUUUCUCUGGAUCCUGUUGCUUAGAGGAGUUGUAGGGUUUGCUAUUGGUUGUGUACCGCAAUCAGUGACAUUAUAUGCAGAGUUUUUACCAGCAAAGCAACGAGCAAGAUGCGUUAUUUUAUUGGAUUGUUUUUGGGCUCUUGGAGCUUGUUUCGAGGUAGCAAUUGCAUUAAUUGUUAUGCCCAAUCUUGGAUGGAGAUGGCUUCUUAUAUUAUCGUCCAUUCCAUUAUUUAUAUUUGCUGUAAUAACACCGUGGCUGCCAGAAUCUACAGUAUUUGAUAUGACAACUGGAAGAAUAGAUCGAGCAAUUACGACACUAGAACGUGUGGCAAGAGAGAAUAAAAAAUCACUGCCUCUAGGAAGACUAGUUAUGGACCGAUUUUAUCAAGCUCAUCAUGGUCGAUUCAAAGAUGUAUUAAGCAAAGAAAUGUGCCGAACUUCUGCCUUACUUUGGCUUGUUUGGAUGAGUACUGCGUUCUGUUAUUACGGAGUGGUAUUAAUGACGACCGAAUUAUUUCAUACAUCCUCCGAACAAUGUGGUACAUGGGGCACCAAUAACGAUGAGGGUACAUGCCAACUAGAUUGUCGAUUACGACGUAGCGACUACAUCGAUUUACUUUGGACAACAUUGGCCGAAUUUCCCGGCAUUUUUUCUACCGUCUUUGCAAUCGAGAAAAUAGGCAGGCGAAAAACAAUGGCCUGCCAGUUAGUCCUAUUUGCUAUAGUAGUGUGCUUCUUAGGCAGGACCUGCUUGUUGAGCAGAGCGGUGUUGACAUUUGCCGUCUUUCUAGCUAGAGGUUUAAUCGCGGGUGUAUUUCAAGCCGCAUAUGUAUAUACGCCGGAAGUAUAUCCUACACAUUUACGAAGCAUAGGUAUAAGCGCGUGUAGUGCUAUGGCGCGAAUCGGUGCUAUGAUUACUCCGUACAUAGCGCAAGUAUUUCUACAAUGGUCCAUCACAGGAGCCAUGAUUAUUUACGCGACAACCGCUUUGUGCGCUGCAAUUGCUACGCUCGCGCUUCCCGUGGAAACGAAGAAGCAGCAAUCAAACGAUACGUGUCAAGAAAGUAGAUAGAUAUUUUUGUAACAAAGCUAUUUUAGCAUAUUGAAAUCGAAAUUUAUUAUUUUAUCAUGUUAUUUAUCUUUAUUUUAUAUUAUAUUAUGAUAUGUAAUAGUAGGCAUAUAUGCGGUCCUCUCUUGAUUAA